AUGGAAUCCGACUUCACCCCCACCAACGACACCGGCCUCGUCCUCUACGACAUCGCCCCAGCCCCGCCUUACCCCAAGCACAACGCUGCGCCCAACCCCUGGAAGGCCCGCUACACCCUCAACUUCAAAGGCCUCCCGUACACCACGCACUGGGUACAAAUGGGUGAAAUCAGCGCCGUGCGCCAGGCUCUCGGCGUUCCCGCCUGCCGCAAAUUCUUCGACGGCACCGAAUACUACACUCUGCCUGUCGUGACUGACGGCUCCACGGGCGCUAAAGUCGGCGAUUCCUUUGACAUUGCUGUUUAUCUCCAAAAACAGCACCCUGAAGCGGGCGCAGGGAAUUUAUUCCCUGGGGGUGUGGACUUGAACUAUGAGUGCUCGGCGGGUAUGGUGGGGUUCGGCGUGCCGUUGUCAGAGGAGAAUUCGCGGGAGCCGACAGCGGUGUAUGCGCGUUUCAACACGAAUGUGGACAUGGUCUUCUCGAUUCACGCGCAGCUCAUGGCGGAGGGGAUGAAGUGGGCGCCGGAGCGCGAGGCCGCGAUCAAGGCCGAAUUUGCGCGACGGGCGGGCAAGGCGACGUGGGAAGAGCUGGUGGGUUUGGAUGCGGCCGGGCGGGAGAAGUUGAGGGCAUCGCUGAAGGAGAUGGUCAAGGAUUUGGCUGCGCUGUUUCAGAAGGAGACGUCGGGGCCUUUUUUGUUGGGGACGCAGCCGUGCUAUGGGGAUAUCAUUGUCGGUGGGUGGUUGAGGAUGAUGAGCAGGACGUUGCCAGGGGAGGAGUGGGAGGAGAUUCAGGGUUGGUAUGAUGGGGUGUUUGGCAAGUUGCAUGCUGCGUUGGAUGAGCGGUUUGGGGAGGUGAAGGAGUGA